GGUUGCGACAGAAUAGCUAUGGCAAUCGCAGCAGCAACAGGAGUGGCAUGAGGAGGAGGAGGAGGAGACAGGGAAACUCAGGCACAUGAUGAGGAGGAGGAGGAUGAGAGUGACUCAACAUUCAGGUGCGGCGGCCUCAGAGGGGCGGAUCUGAUCUCUGCGGCCGCUGGGACACUGUCCGAGCUUUCCCCUGCCUGCAGGACCGACCCGACACUGACCGACCGCCCGACAGCAACUUGUGCCAAGUCUUCCGUAAUUUCCCCAGCGUGCUCGGAGUAUGUGGUUUAAAGUGUUUUCGGAUUAGGGCUUAAAGGGGAACGACAGGGACUUUUCUCACUUCCGGUUUGAACCUGCAUUCCUACAGUGUUUUGGAGCAGCAGUGAUCUUUCAAAGUGUGGGAAGCUACCAGUCCCUGCAUGCAUCGGUUAAACAGGCGAAAUGGGAUUGUUGUGACUGAGAUGCCAUCUGUAUAUCUAAGAAAUCGAGAUUUGGAGACGAAACAACUUGGAUCUCAAACAAACUGCCCUGUUUUCCGGAUGACUUGGUUCCUGAUGCACUCAUAGCUCUGAGUUAUGAGCGCCAUCAGCGACUAAAGAACCGCUUACUUUGUAAUCUGAGUCAUUUGAUACUUAACCACAACAAUGUGGUAAUGUGUUUGCACUUGAGGGCGAGGCGACGAAGAGUAAAUUUCACGUAGAUUUUAACUGUGGAUCCCUAAUGUGGGCUAAAGCAAUGGAAAUAUAACUGGAAAGAGGGUUUUAAGAUGAACUAAAAAUAUUGCACUGAAAGUGCAACCGUGUUACAGACAAUGCAAAAUCACUGAUUCGUGAAUUGGAAUGCACUGAAAUCACACUGAUGCAUCAUUUUGCACUUGAGUUUUGAGGAAAACUGGAAAGACGAUCGCAUGAUGCUCACAGUAUUUCAGGCAAAACCCUCCGCAGUAAACAACCUGGUACUUUAAGACACCGGAAACGUGACCGAGUUGAAAGCUGUUGUUUCACGAGGACACAUUUUGAACAGAAAGAAGAAUGGCGGGAAAAGACUACCAUCAUCUCUUCAAGUUGCUCAUCAUUGGUGACUCCAGUGUAGGGAAAAGCAGUUUGCUCCUACGAUUCGCAGACAACUCGUUCUCUGGCAGUUACAUAACUACUAUUGGAGUUGACUUCAAGAUCCGCACAGUAGAGAUUGAUGGAGAAAGAGUUAAACUCCAGAUCUGGGACACUGCAGGGCAGGAAAGGUUCAGGACCAUCACCUCGACGUAUUACAGAAACACUCAUGGUGUCAUCAUUGUUUACGAUGUCACAAAUCCAGAAUCAUUUGUCAACGUGAAAAGAUGGUUAAACGAGAUAUCACAGAACUGUGACAAUGUCUGCAAAAUUUUAGUUGGAAACAAGAAUGAUGAUCCUUCUAAAAAGCUUGUGGACACUCAAGAUGCUCUGCGCUUUGGAGAGUCAGUUGGUGUGAGGCUAUUUGAGACUAGUGCUAAAGAGAAUAUCAAUGUAGAAGAGAUGUUCAUGGCUUUCACCCACCUGGUCCUUCGGGCCAAGAAACAGAGCCAGAGUCGAGCAGAAAGACAGAGGGAGAGAGAAAAGGACACUGUCCAUAUAAAUUCCCACAGGGACAGAGAAAGGAGGAAGAAAGGGAAGAAGUGCUGUUAGAGCAGAGGUGCCAGAACAGACGGAAAGAGGGAUAAAUCGAACACCUUUGCAACUCUGAUCCUUUGGGUCACGUUUUCAGCUCAGAAAUGUGACUUUUUUUAUGUUAACACUGCGCUUCGAUAAAACCAAGAGGAAUAAAAAAUAACUUGCUAUUAUGUGCCGAACAUCAGCGUUUGUUUACACAGAUGUUUAUCAAUGUAAGGUUGUUGUUUUUUUGUUUUUUUUUGUUACAAAAGGGGAAUUGACUGGCAUGGAUUUACACUGGCAUCAAAAGGCUGGUCCAGGAAAGACACUAUAUACAAACUGUCUUAUGUGUUCCACUGUGAUUAGUGAGAGAUGUUUCUUGUUGGAUUAAAAUUGACUUGAUAUAUGCCAUUAAUGAAUGCAAAUAAUAAAUUAGCAAUAAAAUAUGAUUUUAAAAAUCACAAACCCCACAAGUGUUAAUUUCUAACGUCUUGCAGUUGUGAAAGAGGCAUGUCUGUAAGCGACUACUGCUGGAUUGACUAAAUGCUCGCUGUCCUUUGCAGUAUAAAAUGCUAAAAUGCACGUGUUUUUCAGCCAGAAUUGUUCCUGAGUUUAACCUGCUAAAUAAAUGGUGGAAGAACCAUUUCUUUAGCUGAUUUAAUUUGACCUCUGAGUCAUAUGUUUAUGACUCAUAAAUCAAUGAAAUUCCUAUCUUUUUGUCAGUUAGCUCUGUCUUUUCUUUUUUCUUAAUGCACUAAAUAAGUUUUAUAUCAAAUUACACUGAAUAUACAUGAAGGGAUCAUUUUAAAAAAAGACACCAUAAAAUACCAGGUAGUCUACAUAAAAAAAAGAAA